AUGUUUAUUGGAGGUUUCCUUGGAUUCUUUCUCGACAACACAAUCCCUGGAACUAAGAGAGAGCGAGGUCUUUUAUGUCUGGAUAAAAAUGGAACAGAAGACACAAAUGAAUUGUCCCAGAGCUGGUAUCUGGUCCUCUCAGACCACAGGCUGUUGUUUCUGGUCCUCUCAGACCGCAGGCUGUUGUUUCUGGUUCUCUCAGACCUCAGUCUAUGGUUUCUGGUCCUCGUCUCUGGUCCUCUCAGGCCUCAGUCUGUGGGACAGUGUGGGUUCUGGGUUUGGAACAGCUUUCCUGUGGACUGUGAGUGA